AUGGGUGAUGUUGAGAAAGGCAAGAAGAUUUUUGUUUGGAAGUGUACCCAGUACCAUACUGUGGAAAAGGGAGGCAAGCACAAGACUGGGCCAAAUCUCCAUGGUCUAUUUGGGCGCAAGACAGGUCAGGCCCCUGGAUUUUCCUACAUGGAUGCCAAUAAGAACAAAGGGAUUACCUGGGGAGAGGCUACGCUGAUGGAGUAUUUGGAGAAUCCCAAGAAGUACAUUCCAAUAACAGAAAUUAUCUUCGCUGGCAUUAAGAAGUGUUCAGAAAGGGCAGAUUUGAUAGCUUAUCUGAAAAAAACUACUAAUGAGUAA